UGAUGUGAAUAUUUGCAGCCAUCUUACAUGUUUACAGAUAAGGAACACAGGGGUCCGCUUGAGUUUGUAGAUGAACUUGGAAAUCUAUCUAUUGGUGAAGCAGCAGAUAAUGUUGCUUCCCGUCAGAGAGUGGAAGAAAAUGACAAGGGUCUGCUUUUAACAAUUGCGGAGAAAGAAGAAACUAGAGUGGGCCAUUCUCAACAAGCAAGCUUCGGAAUUGAUGAUCUUCUUGGUCUUGGCAUACCAGCAGUACCUGAUGUGCCAUCUCCUCCUCAAUUGAAGCUUAACACAAAAGCAGCUCUAGAUCCAAGCGCAUUUCAGCAGAAGUGGUGCCAAUUGCCUGUUGCUUUGUCACAGGAACUCUCACUAAGCCCUCAAGCUGUUGCAGCACUUACAGUUCCUCAAGCUUUACUUCGACACAUGCAAAGUCAUUCCAUCCACUGCAUAGCAUCAGGUGGUCAGUCCCUCAACUUCAAGUUUUUCUUCUUUGCGCAGAAAUUUGAGGAAUCUUCUAAUUAUCUCAUCGAAUGCAUAAUCAACACAUCAUCAGCUAAAGCCCAAGUGGAGUUCAAAGCCGACGAUCAAAGUACAUCCCAGGCAUUCUCAAAUUAG